UUAUUUAGUUAGGUGAGGCGUAAGAACGAGGAAGAAGGACCUGCUGUUUGUUGGACCGAGGAGGGGAUCGCAAACAAUUCUGCGAGCAAACAUGGAGGUGUGGAAGUUCUGCUGGAGCGCGGCGAGUUUGUGCUACCUGCUGAUCUGCACCGCAGCGUCUGCAGACGUGUUCGACGGCGUUUUGGGGAACACAGCCUCUUGCCACAAGACGUGCCAGAUGACCUACAGUCUGCACACUUACCCCCGGGAGGAGGAAUUGUACGCGUGCCAGAGAGGCUGUCGUCUCUUCUCCAUUUGUCAGUUUGUGAGCGAGAGCGAAGAUCUCAAUCAAACCAAGUCCGAGUGCGACUCAGCCUGCCGUGAAGCCUACAGCGAGUCAGAUGAACAGUAUGCCUGUAAUCUCGGCUGUCAGAGCCAGAUGCCAUUUGCUGAACAGAGGCAGGAACAGCUGCUGGCCAUGAUGCCCAGGAUUCACCUGCUGUACCCUCUGACCCUUGUAAGGGGGUUCUGGAAUGAUGUCAUGAGCUCUGCCCACAAUUUCAUCACAUCCUCCUGGACAUUCUACCUUCAGGCUGAUGAUGGCAAAGUGGUCAUUUUCCAGACAGAGCCGCAGAUCCAGUUUAUCCCACAGUUUGAUCUGCAGAAGGAGGAAGUCAAGGAGCAACCACAGAGCUUGUAUGGCGGACUGGCCAACCCUGUCUACAAAGACUACCAUCGGACCUUUGUCCAGGAGCGUGACAGGGACAUGUUUGUGGACCGGGGCGACUCCGAGGAUGACUACAACCUGUUCAGUUGUCUCUCAAGGAAUCCAUGGCUCCCUGGCUGGAUCCUGACCACCACUCUGGUCCUGUCCGUUCUGGUCCUCAUCUGGAUCUGCUGUGCUACCGUGGCGACCGCUGUGGACCAGUACGUCCCUGCAGAGAAACUGAGCAUAUAUGGGGACAUGGAGUGCACGAAGGAACAGAAGCUGACCCCAUACCCAGCAUCCUCUCUGGUGAUCAUCAGCUCUGUGGGGGAAGAGGAAGCUGGCCCACUACCAUCAAAGGUCAACCUGGAUCAGUCCAACAUUUAGGGACUGCUGAAGUUCUCUAAAAGGAGGGAGGAGGAGGAGGAGCCAGUUUUUGCAGUCUUACACUUAGAUCUUAGAGUUAAACUUUGAGAAGCAGGGAGAUAGAAUUAUGAAGGCUUGAUCUUUUAAAUUGAAAUUGUAAUAACUGCUUUCAGUGCUUUUUUGGAUGUCAUCCAAAUGUUUUUUUUUCCUCCAGACCUCAGAUUAGGGUAAGGGAUAUUAAUUCAUUGUGUCUGUAUAUUUGCACUUUUGUGGCGUAACACUACCAAAAGGAUACCGCACUUUGUUCUAAAGUGUAGGAUAUGCUUUGUGUGGUGUCUUACGGGCCCCUGUUUAGCAUUUACUGAAAUUUUUGAACUUACUAAGCUGUUUGAACUAACUGCUUGUGUGGGUGAACUGGGCUUGAAUUCCAGGCUUUGUUUUCCGUUGUAAAACCCCGAACAUAGAUUAAUUCAGUGGGCUUUGACGGACUCUCUUCGUGUAAUGUGCUUUCCUGAGCUUGACUUGUGUAUUUCAAAGGCACCUAUGUCUUUCCCUUUUCUCAGUAUAAUGUUUUUGCGAAAAGUUAAGUUUUUACUUAAUAAUACGUUUGCAAUUGAAAAGGAGACUAGCGGGAUUGGUAAACGUUUUGAUCAAAUUGGGUUUUGGGGGUCACCAGGAAAUGGUACAUCUUGGCCCUUGUGGGUAUUUGGAGCGUAUGCUAUGCAGUUACGGUUCUAGAUAUCCAUAGGGAUUCGUAACUGUUCUAUCGUAUUUGUUUUCAUUAAAAUGGUUGAAAAAUAAACUUUUUGAAGUUGAA